AUGUCUGCCAUCCCCAAAGUCAAUGUCCACCACCACAUUAUGCCUCCUCAGCUUCGCGGCGUGGAUGAAGGGCUGAAGGGCAUGAAAGUCCCCGACUGGAGCGUUUCCAGCGACGAGGCCUUCAACAAGUCCGUGAAUGUGCAUUCGGCAAUCUUCUCCGUCAGCACGCCAGGUGUCACCUUCAUCUCCGACCCAGAGGAGAGCGCCAAAGUCGCGCGGGCCAUGAACGAGUACAGCGCCUCGCUUCGUGACCAAAACCCUUCCAAUGGAUUCUUUGCGACGCUCCCCUCUCUCGAGCAUACUGAUCUUGUGCUGCGCGAGAUUCGCUAUGCUUUCGACACCCUACACGCAGACGGUGUCACCUUGUUUACCAGUUAUGCCACCCCGGGCGGAUACUUGGGCCACCCAGAGUAUGUCCCCGUAUGGGAGGAACUCAAUCGCCGCAACGCAGUCGUCUUCGUCCACCCCAUCAACCACAAGGACUCGGUGUACUGGGACGAGAGACUGCCGAUGCCUGCCUUUGAUUGGCCCCACGAGACGGGACGCACAGCCAUGGACCUGAUCCUCAAACGACGCCCGCAGCAGUUUCCCAAUGUCAAGAUCAUACUGUCUCAUGGCGGUGGUACCCUGGCGGCGUUGGUCACGCGGGCUUGCAUGAUAGAGCUCCCCGAAUUCGGUGGCGUGAUGAGCGCCGAGGACAUUGUUAGCCAGGCAAAAAGCUUCUACUCUGACCUUGCACUCUCGGGAAGCAAUGAAAUGCUCCCCCUGAUUCUGGGAUUCGCCAAGAAAAGCCAUCUUCUCUUUGGCAGUGAUUUUCCACAUGCCACGGCCCCAUUUAGUCAGAAGUUCACCAAGUUUAUUGACGAAUUCCCCAUGGACGAUGAUGCGAGGAAAGAGAUAUAUCACGGGGCUGCGGAGAAGUUGUUUCCAAGACUGAAAGGAAAGUUUGCGGCGUAA